AAGCCGGAGGACGCCGCCGCCGCGCGGGGUGUGACGGGAACGUGGAGGACGCCGCGCUACAGCCGCCGCCGCGGGCAGAGCUUCCGCCAUGAGCCGGGCCAAGUUCAUCGAUAUUGGUAUUAAUCUGACAGAUCCUAUGUUCAGAGGAAUCUACAGGGGAACACAAAAACAUCAAGAUGACUUUUUGGAUGUGGUGGAGAGAGCAGUCAAAGUUGGUGUGAAAAAGUUUUUGAUUACAGGUGGGAGUCUACAAGACAGUAAAGAUGCAUUGCAGCUGGCACAGAGAAAUGAUGUGUUUUACAGUACAGUUGGCUGUCAUCCAACCCGCUGUGGAGAAUUUGAGCAGAGUGGUUCUGAACAGUAUUUAUCUGAAUUAAAAGAUCUGAUUGAAGAAAACAAGACAAAGGUGAUAGCAGUUGGAGAAUGUGGCUUAGAUUUUGAUAGAUUAGAAUUUUGCCCAAAGGACGUCCAACUCAAGUAUUUUGAAAAGCAGUUUGACCUGUCAGAGCAGACACAACUGCCCAUGUUUCUCCACUGUAGAAACUCACACACUGAAUUCUUAGACAUAAUGAGAAGAAACAGAGAUAGAUUUGUGGGAGGGGUGGUACAUUCCUUUGAUGGCACAAAGGAAGAAGCAGCAGCUAUAAUAGAUUUGGAUCUUUAUAUUGGAAUAAAUGGCUGUUCUCUGAAAACAGAAGCCAACUUGGAAACACUGAAAUCAAUUCCGAGUGAGCGGUUAAUGAUAGAGACGGAUGCACCUUGGUGUGGAGUGAAGAACACUCAUGCUGGAGCAAAAUACAUUAAAACUACAUUUCCUACAAAAAAGAAAUGGGAAGUAGGGCACUGCUUGAAGGACAGAAAUGAACCCUGCCAUAUAAUUGAUUUCAUCUACAGUGAUACAGUAACGUACAGCAUCCUCGUGCAUCCUAGUGGGGCUAAUUAUGAAAGCUCUAUGAAAGCUCUUCAAGGGCAAAUUCUUUGGUCUCUGUUGCUUAUUUCUGUGUAGGCCAGAUAUCACCCUGUAUCAUAUGGAGCAUCCCCAUAAAUCAAGAAGCUGUUUGGUUGCAAAGCAUGGGAGGGGUCAAUGAAAUGGGCUAAGUCUGCACAGAAGAAAGUACUUGCAUAUAGUAAUUGCUAAGAGCAACUUUUUCCAUUAGUCUUCCUCAAAAGGAUCGGCAAGAUCCCAAAGUACCAAGCCCUACUACCAAGCUUGAGCUGCUUACUCUCUU